AUGAAGAUCGCUUCUCUCUGUCAGAGGCCUCUACAGGCCAGGCAAAUCUGCAUGCACCGAAAGGCGAGUUCACGACUGUCUUCUCUCGCUGCGUCUCGUGCCUGUACCUUCUCCGGCUCAUUUUCUUCCUGUCUCUCUUCUUCCUCUCUCUCUGUUCCACGUCUUCCUCCUUCUCACAUGCCUGAUUCCUCUUAUGUAGUACCCUCCUCUGUUGCUGGAGGCGCGGACUCGCGUUCUCCACCGACUGCAGACUGUUCUUUCUGUUGUUCUUCCGUAGUAUCUUCCACUCUUUCUCCUCGUCUCCGGUUUCUCGCGUCUCCUGUCAAGCCUCUGUUGGCGUUCUGGUCUCCACUUUCUCAUGUUUACUCAUCAUGCACGUCGUCCUCACUGUCCACUGUGUAUCUCGGUUGUCGCCGGAAGUCGUUUGCAUUCGUCUCUUCUCCUUUUUCCUCGCACUCGGCUUCCUGUCUAGAGAGAACAGUUCCUGUCGACGGUUCGACCUCUCUUGCACCGUCUCGUACUUUGUCUUCGCCGCCUCUCGGCACUGGUUUCACUCUCUCGCUGAGGCAUGACGCCCCCUUUGUUCCCGCCUGCCUGGGUUCCUCUCUCGUUGCAACAGACGCCCAACUCACCGCUCCUCUCCUCUUCUCGCGUUUCGCCUCGACGUCACAGCUCCUUGGUGUCUCUGCUUCUUCACGGAUCUCCCCCAACCAUGCUUGUGUACUCCAUUCUCUGCGCUUUUCCUCGACAACGCAUGCUGGCAAGCAUCGCGAAGACAGGCUGUCUCUUCCUGCCGCGCAUGUCGAGAGAUUGCGUUCUGUUUCUGUUCCCCACUCUGGCUUUGCCUCUUUCUCGCGGCGAAGACCCAGAGCGAGCGCAUCUUCUUUUCUUCUCCAGGACACACCAGCAAAACGCCCCCGUCUUCUUGUGAAAUCAGCCGCAGCGGCGAAUCUGCAGAGGGGUCGCCCCUGGAUUUUCAGGAACGACGUCCUCAACGCGGACGAGCUCGACGUGCAUGCACCUUGCUUCGUGGAAGUCGCUGCCGAUGAACGGGGAGACACCUCCCUCGGCGUGGCUCUGUACAAUGCAGAGUCGACCGUCGCCGCCAGAGUGUUUUGUCGCGAUCGCUUUCAGAGAAUCGACGAAGGCUUCCUCGCGCUCCAGCUGCGACGUGCUGCGGAUUUCCGCCGAAGGCAUUUCACACAUCCUUUCUACCGCGUCUGCAACGGAGAAGGCGAUGACCUCCCAGGCAUUAUUCUGGAUAGGUACGGCCCCCACUUCGUUCUCCAGUUGAAUGCCGCAGGGCUCGACGACUUCCUCCCGGUCCUUCAGCCGGUCAUCGAAGACGUUUUCGAAGCCGAGCUGUCGACUUUGCUUCUGCGGAAUGAUUCGCCGUUGAGACGACUGGAAAAACUCCCCUUGACGAAGUCCUUCCUCUCAGGGUAUCGCGACACCCCCGUCGAACUUCUUGAAAAUGGAAGCACCUUCCUGGUCGAUCUCCUUGAAGGCGAAAGAACCGGGUGGAAUUUCGAGCAGCGACCCACUCGCGAAAUGCUCGCUCCUCUCUGCCGCCGCCGAACCGUUCUCGAUCUGUUUUCUCACGGAGGCGCGUUCGGCAUUCAGGCAGCCACACACGGGGCUUCCGUUGUGGUGUGCGUUCACCCGUCUAGUGCGUCUGUAGAGCUGGGCCGGCGGAACAUCGAAGCCAACAGCUUUUCAGAUUGCGCAGUUCACGUUCAGGCAGACAUCCUUCCUUUUCUGCUUCAGCUCGCCACAGACAUAAACGCCCAUGAUUCACAGUCAGGAGGUUCUGCACGUAAUUCUAUCGGAACGCUCCCGUCGUCCGCGGGGAAGGACGCUUCUCCGAGCGACUCCCGGCCACUGUUACCUUGGUUGCAUGAUUCCGUUUCACGCGAAAGAACUGCAGAAGCGGUUGCAGUCGCGAGAGCCUCCGGCAUAGAAAAAUUCGACGUUGUCGUGUUGGAGAUGCCGUCAGUGUUCUCUUUGUCAGCGUCGAAAGCGGCCGACCACGUUGGACAAAUUCUGCGGGCGGCAGUCAAUAUCACGGCACAGGGGGGGCUUCUUCUCAUAAGAGUAGAGAGUACGGCAAUAGGGCGCUUUGAACUCCUUUCCCUCAUUAGAAGAACACUGCAUGUGUGCGGCGAACAAGGAAGAGGCCGUGGAGGAAAAAUUGUCGGCGAGGGAAGCCUGGCAAUAGACCAUCCGAUUAACGUUGCGCUCCCUGAAUCGCGACAUUCUCACUCUUUCCUCAUUGCCUUGGACUGA